UUGUCUUUUGUCUGGUUUAUCUCGACAUUUCCCAUGCACUCUCGCCGGCCAGGAGUCCAAAGUUUUACUAAAUCCUUAACACACUCCUAAUUACUUUAGUAAACUCCAUCUUCCAGGAAUCACUCUGUCCCUCUCUCAGCCUUGUUCCGGAGUUUGUCCGCAGAUUGUCUCUCUUAGUUUGAUCGGAUUUGGAGAUGAACGAUUUGCUCGGGGACUCGUUCAUUGGAGAUGCCAAACCUCAAUCUCCGAUGGAGAAGGACAUCGAGAUGGGCGCUCGGACACCUGCAAGAAACUCUGAUAUGGGGAUGGAAGCAUUCACCAAGCAGAUACAAGAAGUUGAGAAACAAGUGUAUAAGCUUGCCAGCCUCCUAAAGAAACUGAAGGAAGCUAAUGAGGAGUCUAAGUCUGUUACAAAAGCGUCUGCAAUGAAAGCAAUCAAAAAGCAAAUGGAGAGAGAUGUUGAUGAAGUGGGAAAGGUUGCACGGAACGUGAAAGCAAAACUAGAGGCGAUAAAUAGAGAUAACUUAGCAAACCGGAAGAAACCAGGAUGCGAGAAAGGAUCAGCCAUAGACAGGUCGAGGUUGAACAUGACAAAUGCCUUAACCAAAAAAUUCAAGGAGUUAAUGACCGAGUUCCAGACCCUUCGGCAGAGGAUUCAAGAUGAGUACCGUGAGAUUGUUGGGAGAAGGGUCACUGCAGUUACUGGGACCAAACCAGACGAAGAGACGAUCGACAGCCUGAUAGAGACGGGAGAUGCAGAACAGAUCUUCCAGAAGGCCAUACAUGAAAUGGGACGCGGGCAGGUGCUGAAUACACUAGAAGAAAUUCAGGAAAGACACGAUGCGAUGAAAGAAAUCGAGAAAAAGCUGCUCGACCUACAUCAAAUCUACAUGGACAUGGCAGUCCUCGUAGAGGCCCAAGGGGAGAUCCUAGACAACAUCGAAACACAGGUCUCGAAUGCAGUCGACCACGUAAAUAUGGGCACAGAUGCUCUAAACACGGCUAAAAACUUGCAGAAGAAGUCAAGAAAAUGCAUGAUGAUCUCCAUCAUAUUGCUCCUGGUCAUUGCCCUCAUCAUUGUGCUCUCGAUCCUGAAACCUUGGAAGAAAUAAGUUAAGCACCAGGAGAUUAGAACCUACCCCAAUUCCCUACAUUUGAUUCCUUAUAAAAAGUUCAUUGCAGUUAUUGAUCACAGAAGCUUUAUUUAGAAGAUUUGCCAGAAUCCCGUCACAUUGGAGACUGAAGCUAUUUCUUGUGAUUCAAGAAAAGCACUCACUUUGCAUCCAAGUAAAACCAUAUUCAUGAAAUAAACAUAAGAGAAAUGAAAAUUUUGAUUAUGAAAAUAACAAA